AUGGAGCCAGACACCUACGCCGCCCGCACGCUCGCGGAGCUCCCAACCCAUCCUAGCGCCUACCGUCGAGACGCCUACCAACGCACCUGCCUCAACAUGAUCAGCACUGGCAUUCACAAAUGGGGCUUCGUCGUGUACCGCUGCACAUACGAUGACGACGAGCUCUGGAACCGCUACCUUGCCCAGCUUAAGAGUUUCUGUUCCGCCAAUCUCCUCGAAAAACGACGGGCCGAGCUGCUGGAGCAAUACCUGGACUGGGUUGUUAUUGACGACCGCGCCACCCUCGACAACGCCUCCCAGCCUGAAGUUAGGAAACACUUUAAUCAAUGGGUAUCGGAACAGAAUGUCCCUACGCUUCCUGUCACGGCCAUAACAAACCGGUCCCCCAUCCAGCUGCCCCGCUUCCAGUACUGUCUCUACGUCGACAAGCAGUGCCUUGACACCGUCAUCCAGUUCCAAGAGGCAAACGACGGCACAGCCUUGUUUAUAGAUCUCUUACCACCAAUGGUUUUCGCCAUCGUCGACCGAACCUGGACACUGGAGGGCACUGAAUCCGAUGAUGGUGAUGACCGUGACGAGGCUGAGAGCGAAGAAGACGAAGACGAGGAAGACGAGAUUGAGGACGGAGGCGGAUGCCCCCUCAUUGAUGGAAGCGAUCGAAGAUAUGUUGGAUGGGUUUACUGUAACGCUUUCUACGUAGGGGGGCUAUACGAAACGCUUCACCAGCGGGGUUUACACGACGACGAGACCUUUCCACGCCCACCUGCUAUUUAUCCUUGCGGUGAUAGGUCGAUGCCUAGUUGA